CGGUGUCAGCGCCCUGCGCUCCAUUGAAACGGGCAGCUUUAUUGAUAGACGGCGCGGUGUACAUCGUUGCUAUGGCUGAGCUGGUACAGGCCUCGCAGUCCCGGAGCAGUCUGCAGUCUCCAGCCGGCGGACAGAGCGCGACCACCACGGCUGCGGCGGGAAGCAGUUCGGGCAGCAGUGACCCGGCAAGGCCCGGGCUGAGCCAGCAGCAGAGAGCCAGUCAAAGGAAAGCUCAGGUCAGGGCCCUUCCCCGGGCCAAGAAGCUGGAGAAACUCGGCGUGUUCUCAGCGUGUAAGGCAAAUGAUGUGUGUAAAUGCAAUGGAUGGAAAAACCCAAACCCACAGACAGCACCACGAAUGGACCUCCAGCAGCCUGCGGCCAGCCUGAGUGAGCCAUGCCGAAGUUGUGGGCAUUCUCUUGCCGACCAUGUGUCACAUCUAGAAAAUGUAUCGGAAGAUGAAAUCAAUCGGUUGUUGGGCAUGGUGGUGGAUGUGGAAAACCUCUUUAUGUCUGUGCACAAGGAGGAGGAUACUGAUACCAAACAGGUCUAUUUUUACCUGUUUAAGCUUCUUAGAAAAUGUAUUCUGCAGAUGAUCCGACCGGUGGUAGAAGGGUCCCUCGGAAGUCCACCUUUUGAAAAGCCAAAUAUUGAACAGGGAGUACUCAAUUUUGUGCAAUACAAAUUCAGUCACCUGCAACCAAAAGAACGCCAGACAAUGUAUGAGCUCUCCAAAAUGUUUUUACUUUGUUUAAAUUACUGGAAGCUUGAAACACCAUCACAGUUUCGACAGAGGUCCCAGAAUGAAGAUGUUGCAAACUAUAAGGUUAACUAUACAAGGUGGCUUUGUUACUGUCACGUUCCACAAAGCUGUGAUAGCUUACCACGAUAUGAAACCACCCAAGUGUUUGGACGGAGUCUUCUACGUUCCAUCUUCACAGUUACACGCAGACAACUGCUGGAGAAAUUUAGAGUGGAGAAGGACAAGCUGGUUCCAGAGAAGAGGACACUUAUUCUUACCCACUUCCCCAAGUUCCUCUCCAUGUUGGAAGAAGAAAUAUACGGUGAGACCUCUCCAAUCUGGGAGGCAGAUUUCACUGUCCCUAACACAGAAGUUCCUCAGCUAGUGUCCCGUCCAGCUGCUGUAAAUACUACUGCUGCCCCUAGUGCUCCACUGUUCAGCAACAGCUUGAACAACAACUCAACUCUAACAUCCAAUGGAGAUGCUGGGAUUUCGGAACCUCUACCUGGAGAGAAAAGAAAACUGUCAGACAGCCUAACCAUAGAGGAUGCAAAGAGAAUCCGGGUUAUGGGUGAUAUUCCUAUGGAAUUGGUGAAUGAAGUUAUGCUAACCAUCACUGACCCUGCCGCUAUGCUGGGUCCAGAUACAAGUUUAUUAUCUGCUAAUGCUGCACGAGACGAGACGGCACGCCUGGAGGAGCGCAGGGGGAUUAUUGAGUUUCAUGUAAUUGGAAAUUCUUUGUCUCAGAAAUCUAACAAGAAGAUUCUUAUGUGGCUUGUUGGCUUACAGAAUGUCUUCUCGCAUCAACUUCCACGGAUGCCCAAGGAAUAUAUCACGCGGCUCGUCUUUGACCCGAAACACAAGACUCUUGCACUUAUUAAAGAUGGUCGGGUUAUUGGUGGCAUCUGUUUUCGCAUGUUUCCCACUCAAGGUUUCACAGAGAUUGUGUUUUGUGCUGUUACUUCCAAUGAACAAGUCAAGGGAUAUGGUACCCAUUUGAUGAACCAUUUAAAAGAGUACCACAUUAAACACAACAUCCUUUACUUCCUCACAUAUGCAGAUGAAUAUGCUAUAGGCUAUUUCAAAAAGCAGGGUUUUUCCAAAGACAUCAAAGUCCCCAAAAGUCGCUAUCUGGGUUACAUCAAGGAUUACGAAGGUGCCACUCUGAUGGAGUGUGAACUAAAUCCUCGCAUUCCAUACACUGAGCUCUCCCACAUCAUAAAGAAGCAGAAGGAGAUCAUUAAGAAAUUGAUUGAACGCAGACAGGCGCAGAUACGCAAAGUCUAUCCUGGCUUGACAUGUUUCAAGGAGGGUGUACGACAGAUCCCAGUAGAAUGUAUCCCGGGCAUAAGAGAAACUGGGUGGAAACCAUCGUGCAAAGAAAAGGGGAAGGAGAUUAAGGAUCCUGACCAGUUAUACAAUAUGCUGAAGAACUUGUUGGCACAGAUUAAGUCGCACCCAAGCGCUUGGCCGUUCAUGGAACCGGUGAAGAAGUCUGAAGCCCCGGAUUACUAUGAAGUGAUUCGUUUCCCAAUUGAUCUGAAAACCAUGACUGAAAGGCUGAAGAACAGGUAUUAUGUGACCAAGAAGAUCUUCAUUGCUGACCUGCAGAGGAUCAUCACUAACUGCCGAGAAUACAACCCUCCCGACAGCGAGUACUGCAAAUGCGCCAAUACCCUGGAAAAAUUCUUCUACUUCAAGCUGAAAGAAGGUGGACUGAUAGACAAAUAACUCUAGUUGGAAACUGCUCUGGAACGCCAGUUCAUUCUUCCACCACAAAUUUAAAGGGGUUCCACAAGCUUAGUGGCACCAAUGCCUUUGGACUAGUGCAAAAAAGCCACGUUCAUGUAGGUUUACCACCCUCUACGAGGAGUCUAGACUGGGAGAGUCAGUGUGGGGAUGUUUCUGGAAGGCACAAGUCCUGCACUUUGAAGUGCCCCCACCUGAUCAGACUGCACAGUUUUCUGUUUACAGGACAAGUGGAGCCCCUAUUCAUUCCACUGAGAAACCUUUCACCCCCAAGUUUAAACUGCCAUAAUAAAAACAAACGCCCAUCUUGCCUUUUUAAACACUUCAUUCUUUCCUGGAACUAUCUUGGACACAAUUGACUGAGCAGUGCUGCAGCUUUUCUUCCUGAUGCUUUGAAAUUGCCAAAGUUGGAUAAGUGCGUUAUGAGCAAAGAGCCUUUUCCAGGUUGUAAACAAUUGGUGCACCUGCUCUGGUUUUUAUUAAGCUGAAACUCGCAAAGCUUUAUGAUUUUCUUUCUUUUUUUUGGAAGCUGCCAUAUUAGUAUUAAAUCUAAACAUCACUGGGCACAAUGGAGGAACUAAUCAUAGGCUGCAACAAAGUAUGUUUAUGAUUGCCACAGAUUGGAAAAUGAAAAGAAAAGGCGAUAAAUGAGGCAUUGGUGGUGAAAAAGAUAAAACAAACAAGGAUGUGCACAUUUCUGGGACCAAGCAGGAGUUGCAAAUAUGUGAAUUGCGUAUGAAUAGGUGAUUGUGUUAUCCACACGCAUGCCAAUAGUUUUUAUCUUCAUGGGCCGGUAAUAGGUACCGGGUAAUGAGUUGGAAAGCAUCACACAGAGGAGGGGGCAAAUCCAUUCACCCAGGAUUGUUGGCUACUAUGUUUCAUUAAUAUUGAAUCCCCAGCCAAACGGAUUCAAGCUGAAAUCCAUGCACAUAGUUUAUUCACUUAUAGGGAUUUAUGUGCUUUAAAGAGAAGUAUGCUUGUGUGUUUUCUUCCAGAAUCGUACGUACUUGUGUGGAUGCAGCAUUGGGCCUCCAAGACUGAGAACCGAGCGAUCAGAGAGCUGGUGGUCAAUGCUUUCUGCUGUACUCACACACCCCCUAUGCUCUACUCACAAACUGCACUCCUAUGAUCCAUAGAAAUGCAGCCAAACAAGCUUUGGCUGUACUUCUCCUUUUUGUGUCCAUUCAGUCCUAAGAUUUAUACAAUUCCAGCCUAUAUUUGGACAAUGAAGGAGAAGCAGCACACUGAUCUGCUCACUUGAUGCUACUGUAGUCCAGAGGUCAUUGCCAAGUCUAGCAGAAAACUGUCACAUCAGACAACGAUCAUCUCAUUUUGAAUAGGCUACUUUUUACAUGGACCUGUACAAAGCUAAUGAGUCCUGAGAGGAGCUAUAGUGCAAAAUGUCCUUUUCUCGGCUUGAGUGCUGUAGUACAUAAGAAAUUACAGGAAUUAAUCCAAAAUCAUAAUUUAUAUAUGUACACUAACCAGAAGUAUUAAAGUGAUUGUAAAGUCUUUGUUAUUUUUAUAAAAAUAAACAUAUUAUACUUA